CGUCGAUGACGUGUCCUUUGCGGCGCUCGUCCCCGCGGCGCAUGCGCGCCGCGCUUUGCUGAUGUGUACUCGCGGACUGUCAGUCUUGGACUUCUUUUCGUCUUCCGCUGCGCCAAGUAAGCGAACAAUACGACUUCCUCUCACAACGCGUCAAGCCUAAAAGCGACGAUGCUCGGGAUAGCUGCCGUCCUGGUCGCCCUGCUGGCGGUCGCCUGCUCGGGAGAGACCUGCACAGAGCCGGCCAUCACCCCGUCGGCCUACACCACCUCGGAUGCCGUCAUCGCCACAGAGUCUGUCUUCAUCGUGGAGCUCAACCUGGUUUGUGCUAACGGAGUACAGAGUGUCACUCUGUAUGCUGAUGUGAACGGAAGACAGUUUCCUGUGACCAGAGGCCAGGAUGUUGGCAAGUACCAGGUGUCCUGGAGUCUUCCUCACAAACAAGCCAGUUCUGGAACUUACCAGGUCAAAUUCUUUGACGAGGAGUCCUACAGCGCCCUGCGCAAGGCCCAGAGAAACAAUGAAGACGUCAACGCCAUCCAACCUCUAUUCUCGGUCAACGUGGACCACAGGGGCGCAUGGAAUGGCCCGUGGGUUUCCACUGAGGUGGUGGCGGCCCUAACAGGAAUCUUGCUGUACUACAUAGCCUUCACCGCCAAGAACAGCAUCCAAGCGUAAACAUCCACACUCAGAUCUACGGAGACUGAAUACGGCGGCUCGCAAACAUCUGUUUUGGAUUCAGCGACUGUCGGCAGUCUGGGGGAUUGUUUUUGUUGUUCUAUUCAGACUGUGUCUGUAUUUGAUCUCAGAUGAACUUUACAUCAGUUAUUUUUCUUACACUUGGGCCACCAAGCAGGACAGCUUGGUAAGAUGAAACGUCAAAUCAAUAAAUGAGUUCUUUUGGUC